AACUGAUUGAAACUCUGCAAUUAGCAAGAACCGAAGAAUCCUUUUUUACACAUAGAUCACGCCUUUCCACUUUCCAACACGCGCAUUAUUCAAGAUUCUUACUUUUUCCUCUUUUCUUGAUUAAAAUUCUUUAAUGCCAAAAUCUUUUCCAAGUAUCUCAGCAACCACGUACUCUUUUCUUUCGAUCAUCCAAAAAAACAAACUCCAAAACAGCCCCUUAUUUGAUCAAAUCCGAAAAAUCAGAAUCCAAACACCUCCAAAGUUCCAUCCUCAAAUCUUUAUUCCCUCUGCAUUAAUUGACUGAUGCACAUUUGAGCUGCAAAUUUUUCUGUGAGAAUUGAUUAAUAAUCCUGUAUACUAGUAUAAAUUUGAGGGCUGUAGAAAAAUAGGGACAGGAUUAUGAUGAUGAUGGCAUCUUAGCCCUGUUGGACCAAUUCGAUUCUUGUUCAUUUGGCAGAGGUCCUCAUUAGAUUCCACCUGUGAUUUUUCUUUCCCCCAAAAACACUUCCCAAUUUCCAUCCCACCGCACGACUCUGUCUCCCUGCUUCUCAACUACAUAUAUACACAUCAAAUACUUCCUAUUUUAAAUCCCCCCUCUUUCACACACUCACACAGUAUCACAAUCUCCAACAAAAGCCAAAACCCUACUUUCUUUACUGUCUGCAGAAUCCCAGAACAUUGGCCUUUUUUUCUUUUUUUCUUUCCCAGAAUAAUCUUUCUACGGUUCAAUCUUUGUAAAGUUUUGAUUUUUAUUGAAGAACAGUCAAUUGGGUCCAAGGGAAACAGAAUUGAUCAAUGCCCAAGAAGGAGGAAAUCCCGCCGGACGAAUUCCGGUGCCGGAGGACUGACGGGCGGCAAUGGCGGUGCAGUCGGCGGGUAGUGGACGGUAAAAAGCUUUGUCAUAUUCAUUACCUUCAGGGCCGCCGCCGCCAGUUGAGGCAGAAAGUCCCUGAUUCCCUCAAGAUUGAAAGGAAGAGCAAGAAAAUAUGUAAAGAUGGGGGAAAAGUUAGGGUUUCCGGCAUUCUUUCUUCUUCGAGAUCAUCAUCAUCGAAAAUUGAGUCGGCUAAGAAGAGAAAAAACCUUUCAGAGGUUCUUGAUGAGGCCCUGAGGAAGAUGAAGCUGAAGAGAGGGGAUUUACACUUGGAAUUGAUUAGGGCAUUCUUGAAGAGGCAAGUCGAGAAGAAAAAGAUGAAGAAUGAAGAGGAUACUGAGUGUGCUGGUGAAACCGAGUUGACCCGGGAAUUGCCCAAUGGUGUAAUGGCCAUUUCUCAGAAGAAUGCUGAUAAUGUAGAUGGUUUCGACGGUAUUGAUGUGAAAAUUGGGUCGAAUUCUGUUUCAAAGUUACGUUCUGUGAGGAAUUUCCGGUCCAAGAAUAUUGAACCACUACCAAUUAGUACAAUGCAGGUUUUACCGUCUGCUGAUUAUCUGAGGAAAUUGAGGAAGUGCCACUGGUGUAGGAGGAAUGCUGGUGUGAAUUUGAUCAAGUGUUUGAAAUGUAGGAAGCAGUUUUUCUGUGGGGAUUGCAUUCGUGAAAGACAAUUUGAGAAGAAAGAGAUUAAGGUGGGAUGCCCUGUUUGUCGUGGAACUUGCAGUUGUAAGAUUUGUGAAAGGAAGAAAUCAGAUGAUAUCACUAAAAAGGAGUCAUGUAGAAAUAAAAAGAAGAUUGAAGAUAUCCAAUUACUUCAUUAUUUCAUUUCUAUGCUUUUUCCUGUGCUUAAGCGAAUAAAUCAGGACCAGAAAAUGGAGCUGGACAUGGAGGCUACGAUUACUGGGAAAAUACCAUCCCGAGUACAGAUGCAUCAGUCAGAGUUGGAUUACAUGAAGUUAUGUCGCUGCAACAACUGCAAAAUGUCCAUUUUGGAUUAUCAUCGAUGCUGUGCACACUGUUCUUAUACCCUCUGCUUAAAUUGUUGCUGGGAAUUUUGUAGAAGCCAUUCAAAUCAGAAACUUAAAACCAAAGUUGGAAGUGUGAAGGAAAACCUUUUAUGCACAGAUGGUGUGCGGUUGAAAAUCAAUCAAGUCAGAAACCCUUCUAGAAGUCCUUGUGAGAUGGGUACUUUCUCCCCAGCCAUGCUGCAAAACUUGGAAGCCCGCUCUGAUGGUAAUGUAUCAUGCCCUCCGGUAAAUUUUGGUGGCUGUGCGGAGAGAAACCUAGACCUGAGAUGCAUUUUCCCAUCAAGUUGGAUGAAAGAACUGGAAGCUGGAGCAGCAGGACUAAUUCAGAAUUAUGAUUUUCCAGAAAGUUCAGAUUUAUGUUCUUGUCAUUCAUCAUCUGAGGCAACUGACGAUGAUGUUGAAAGUAAAAAAAUCCGGAAAGUUGCUAUGAGAGUCGAAUCUAGUGACAACAUUCUCUAUUGUCCCACUUUAAAAGAUCUGAAUAAGGAGAGUCUUGGACAUUUCCAGCAACACUGGAUUAAAGGCCAUCCCAUUAUCGUGCGAAACGUUAUUCAAGGAAUAUCAGCUAGCAAAUGGGAUCCAGUUUUAAUGUUUUGCACUUACCUUGAAAAGACAUGUUCUGAAUCUAGAAAUAAGAAGGCUGCCAUUAAAGGAAGGACUUGCUUAGAUUGGUGUGAGGUGGAAAUUUCUGCAAAACAGAUAUUCAUGGGAUCCAUGUCAGAAGAUGCACAUGUGAAUAUCCGCCACCAGACCCUAAAAAUUAAAUCCUGGCUUUCUUCCUAUUUGUUUCAGGAGCAAUUUCCUUCUCACCAUGCAGAGCUCAUGCAAGCAUUGCCACUUCAAGAUUACGUCAAUCCGAUUUCUGGUCUUCUGAAUGUAGCUCUCAAGUUGCCACCUGAAGCACCUAAGCGUGAAAUUGGUCCUUGCAUCCAUAUCUCUUGUGGCAGCCCUGAAGAUUUCAUGCGCAAUGAUUUUUUGAUGAAACUCUGCUAUGACUCAAAUGAUGUGGUCAAUAUUCUUGCAUAUGCUACAGAUGUUCCAAUCUCUGCAGAACAGUUAAAAAAUAUUAAAAUUUUAAUGAAAAAGUACAAGAAUCGGGAUUGUUCACAUUCUAGCAGAAAGGACAAGGAUCAAGAUUGUUUACAGUCAAGCAGCAACUCCACUGAAGUGAAAGGAAAGUCAUCUUUACUUGGGGAUGAAAGUGAAGAAUCGGGCUUGCAGGACAUGAUGGGAGAGAGGUUGAGCUUACCUGAUGGAAUUGCGAAAGUACCUUUUUAUUCUGGCCACUCGAUUGAAGGACAAAUGUCAUUUGGAAAGGGUGAAUUGCUCCCUGACUCCGAAGAUGAGUCUGACUGUGAUUCGGAUGCUUCAAUGCUUUGCUCUGGAAAUAUUCAAGGAUCUGAAGACUCAGAGGAUGAAUGUUUCUUUAAAGAUCUGGAAAACUCUGGUCCCUCUUCUGAGAAGGAAUUAACUAAUGUUUGUGGUGCUCAAUGGGAUAUUUUUCGUAGACAAGAUGUGCCAAAACUUCUGGAGUAUCUGAGGAGACAUUCUGAUGAAUUGCAGGCUGCACAUUGCAAUCCAACACAUGUAAAACACUUGGAAGGCAAUAAUUUUCUUAAUUUAAUUGGAAGAAUGCUGGAGCAAGUUGUUUAUUGCUCUUGUUUGUGUAUGUUGCAGGUAGUUCAUCCGAUUCUCGAUCAAAGUUUUUUCCUUGAUGCAUUUCACAAGUUGAGACUUAAGGAAGAGUUUGAUGUUCAGCCAUGGACCUUCGAGCAACACCAAGGAGAAGCAGUCAUGAUUCCAGCAGGAUGUCCGUAUCAAAUUCGAAAACUUAAGUCAUGUGUCAACAUUGUGGUAGACUUCAUCUCACCUGAAAGUGCAGCUGAAUGUGUCCGUUUGAGUGAUGAAAUACGCUGUCUUCCACUGAGCCACAAAGCUAGAGAAAAAGUAUUGGAGGUUAGGAAGAUGACUAUUCGUGGAAUCAGUGCAGCAAUUGAAGAUAUCCAAAAACUAAUGUGCAAAGAGUAAGCCCUCCUGGGAACUCUUUAUGUUAUAAGAUAUGUUUUGAUGUGCCUUAUCUUCUGUUACUGUCUUGGUAUAAUGCUUCUCGCAGCUCUAUCUACAAAUAUGUGAAAUGUCUUUUUUAGUUGCUUGUUUACUGGAGAUCUUUUGUCCUAGCUUGAUCUCUAUAACACCAUCCCUUAGCUGAGAACUGGAGAAUUAAAUGCAAUAAAUAUUCAUGAAAAUUUGAAUUGAAGUAUCGUGUUCCAUGUUCUGUUCCAUUUGCUUCGUUGAAUUUCUUUGAUUUUCAACUGUCUCUGUUUGAUGUGCAUUGAAUGUGCAGCUAACAACUAGUUGAGGUGCCGAUUUCUUAAAUCGUUGAAUUUAGUUCUUCACUAAUUUGUCACUUCAAGGAGCUCUUCAGAGUUCAGAUGACUCUGGACAUAUUAGAUGCAAGGCUUACCAUGUUCCGGCGUGGUGUGAUUUAGGCAAAACACGAAGAAAUUGAUAGCUCUUGAGUAAACUGCAGUUUUAUUUAGUUGAGUAUAUCUUCGCUGAUCAAAAGAAGAGUUCCUUUUUUGUUCCCUCCUUUUUUCUCGCUGUAGGCUGAAGUACAAAAUAUUUUCAAGAGACUGUAGGUUGCAUUAAUUCUGUCGUAGAUCAACUUUACUGGCAUUGGGUGCAAGUGCAUAACACACAUUGCUGCACUUUUGUAUGUCUGUUUGAAUCGAAUUGUAAUAGUUCUGAUUCUGAAAGUUCCCUUUAUUUGCUGUGAGAUACCUUCUUUGUCAUUUUGACGUGAAAUUUGCCACCUAGCUUUGAAGAUUGCUUUGUAUUGUUUCCUUCCUUGAGUUCAUUUAUACUAUUGAAUCCAGGAAUGAUGCCAAGCCGGUGUAGUCAGGAGAGUCUGAAGCUUGCAACUUUACUGAGAAAACUGUAAUGGUUCAUAGCAUCUGCUCAUUUCAGCAUCAUAUUCAGCAGUAUGGGUUUUGACUGCCACACGUCAGUAUUAAGGUGGAAAUAGUAUUCUAUUUUCAACAUUAACAUCAUCAAGACAGAAUCUUCCUGUUUUAUUAUGCUCUUUAAAUUUUGGAUUGGCAUGUCAAUGACUCUUUUCCUACACAAUGGUACACAGCAUUCGGCUACCCUUGAAAUUUGUACAGAUGGUGUAUGGGGAACAUCCGAUUCGAUAGUUCAUGUGGUGCUUCCAAAACUUGACAAGGAAAUCGCUCAUCCCCCCAUUCGACAUCAGCAAGUCGGUAAUUUCCUUGGGCCUACUACACAUUUCUGACUUCUGGCUGCAGCUUACAUUAUGGUCGUCUGUAGGUUGUGGGUAGUUUCCCUAUCACUGAAUGUGGCAUAGAUGCAAGGAUAUCAGCAACCUCUCACUUUGGGUGAGUGUGCUGUUUUAAACGUAGAAUAACAAGAAACACCAUUGCCAUUAUGUGAGACUGGCUUCAUAAAUCAUAUGUUGCUGCUCUUGACGUUAGAUGGGAUUAUACCUGUACACUAGGAUAGGUGCCAAAACUUUGCUUAAGAGUUUGAUGAUUCUUUUUAUGUUAGUUUUUCAUGAUUAAUCAUUCUUUCAUUAAUGUAAAUUUUAGUCAAGACUACCUAAUAGAUUAGAGCUUUGCAGUGCCACAGAGGAACCACAGGUGUACUGUGUAGCUGUGCCGUUAGGAAAAUAAUAUUUUUGCUUCAGAUUUUCCCCCCAAAUUUGUGUAGUGAUGAAUCUUUUUACCUGCGGCAUUUUGUGGCCGUGAAUCAUGUAAUUACAGAUCUCGUGUACAUCCUGGAACUUACUUUUUUUUUGUACAGAUUGUAUCAAUGAAAGAUAAAUAAUAAAGCUUGUUGCUUUUUCCCCGGCAACCCUUUUCAGUACUCUGAUAGGCGAUAGAAAGCAAUAGCUAAGGGCACUGAACAAAGAAAAGAG